AUGGUCAUGAAGAUGCUCUACCGUGGACCGAGCACCCGAUUGGAAACGUUGAUCGAGAAAAUUCAACAAAACACUAGUGGGGGAGGCGGCGAACUCUACUCCUCGCACACGUCCUCCAGCUUCUCGCCCUCGAUCUCGGACGGUAUGGCGACACCGAACUCGAUCACCAACGACACCAACGACGGUUCGCUCCUUUCGCUGGAACCGGGAGGCUGCGAGAAGUCCUUCCGCCACCAGGCGGCGGCCCUCCACCAUCACCAUCAGCUCCAGCAUCAUGGGCAUCAUCGGCGGGCGACGGGUGCUACGACCGGCGGCGGCGGCGGCGGUCACUCGAAGCAACCGGGCAAGUCGUCCUCGAAGGCGCACCAACACGCCGGCAGCAACAACAAUAACAACAGCAGCAACCACAACAAUAACAACAAUCAUUCCGGCAACGGCACCGGCAAGAACAGCCUGGACAGCACCACCUACCACUGUCAGUUCUGCGAGAAAAGCUUUCCCCGGCUCGGGUACCUCAAGAAGCACGAACAGAGCCACACGGAGCACAUGCCAUUCAAGUGUGAAUAUUGCGCCCGACUGUUCAAGCACAAACGAUCCCGCGAUCGCCACACGAAGCUCCAUACGGGCGAUCGACGCUAUCGCUGUCUGCAUUGCGAGGCUGCCUUUUCGCGAAGCGAUCACCUGAAGAUCCACAUGAAGACGCACGACAACCAGAAGCCGUUCCAGUGUACGAUCUGCAACCGGGGCUACAACACGGCCGCCGCCCUCACGAGCCACAUGCAAAACCACAAGAAGCAGCUGGCGCUAACGGGCAGUCCGAACCUGACCUACAGCCCGCGCUCGACCACCAGCUCCCUCUCCAGCGGUGGGGGAAGCGGAGGCGGUGGUGGCAAGCGGGCUGGAAAGUUUUCCCCGUACGGCACCGAUCCGCUGUUGCUGAUGGGGCGCACCUCCAAGCAGCUGGCAUCGCUGGCGAAAGGUGGCUCGACGAACAACAAUCGAACACCAACUCCUGGAGGAGGUGGAGGAACUACGGUCGCGGGUGUUGGUUCCCAGCAGGAGCCACUGCUUUCCUGCCCAUACUGCACACGUACCGAUUUCCCUUCGCUCGAGCAGCUCGGUCUGCACGUUCAAUCGAUGCACGGACACCCGGGAGCGCUCGGAAUGCUCGACGCCACGGCGCCCUUGCCGUACUUUGCCCCUCACCUACGCGGCGGUGGUGGAGGAGGACCCGGGCUAGGUCGACGAGCGGUCACACCCGAUGCGAACGCACUCUCCCUCGGCUCGUCCUAUCCGCCGAUUCCAUGCGAAUUCUGCACGAUGAAGUUCCCGACGGUGCCGCUGAUGAUCGCGCACCUGAAGGCGUCCCACUUGGACCGGUGUGUUGGCACCGGUCGGGGGGCACCGAGUGAGGGUGGUGGAAGUCCAUCGGGCCCAUCGAGGCCCCCGUCCGGCUAUCACCCGUUGGAUCAGCUGCAGUUUAACAAGAGUCUGCUGAGUGGUCCGUUUUCGUCGUUCUACGGUGGAGCGUUUGGUGGCGCGACGAGCACGUCCGGUGGGAGUGUGAAGGUAGAACGCCGUUCCGCGGGACCACUGGAAAGGGAUGAGAAUGGGAACGAGGCGGACGAACCCACCGUCAAGCGGCGUCGACGAGAUGAUGAUAGUGUCGAAGAGGAGAAUCGGGAGGAGAGCUUCACCGAGGAUGAACCAAAGGCAAAGGCGGAUGAGGAGGAUGAGCAGGACAAUGGUGACGACGACGAAGACGACGACGCGCAAGAGAACGAAAGUCGAAGAUUGAACCGAUCCACGGAAGGCUCUGAAGCUGGAGGGAAAGUGAAGCAGGAACACAACGACGCCACCUCUCACUCGUCCUCGGCUCGCUCGUCCCCUUGCGAGUCGGUCGCAUCGUCCACGCAUAAUGCCGGCCACACUUCCGGUGGCGAAAGUCCGGCCGAACAGCUAACGCCAACUGAUCUCAGUCAACCGAAAAUGAAACGUCUCAAGCUGGAAGCCCCGGACGAGGAGGAUGGUGAUGAGGGAAGGCGAACGCAAGCCCGUGGCCAACAGCGUCGAGGUGCGCACAUCCGGCGGGAAAGUGAAUCCAAAGAGUUCGCCGCAUCGCUGCAAGGUCCUUCCCUUUUUGCGUCACUUCAACAACAGCAACAACGUCACCAAGCUCAUCAACAUCACACGUCCGCGGUGACCACUGCCUCAACCGGUAUGGCACACGUUUCUCAAGCUCCCUCGAUGCCAUCAGCACCACCACCAGCACCUCCACCACCCGGUGCCUACCUCUGCAAUCAGUGUAACGCUGCCCUGCCCGACUUCGAGUCGUUCCGCACGCACCUGAAGGCUCACCUCGAACAGAGUGCGGCCAGUGCGGCGGCAGCGAUGCGACUCUCUGGUGAUUCCUCCUCCACUGUCGGCCCGACCGGAAACGGUGCGCCAACCGGUGCCCUCUCCCUGUCCGCCUUUCUCUGCCAACAGUGCGGCGCGACGAUGAACAGCCAGGCGGAGUACGAACAGCACACGGUCGGGCACUACCUGGUGACGGCGGUCGAGUACCGGUGCCAGGCGGCUGGCACGUCCACUUGCGCCUCCACCGGGAAGGCGUCGUUCGGCAAGAUGGAGGACCUGCACAAGCACCUCUACGAGGGACACAUGCAGCUGCUGUACAAGUGCACCGUUUGUGGGGAAACGUUCGAGUCGAAGGUUCAGGUGCAGGUGCACUUUGCCGUCAACCAUUCGGUCGAGGUGAAGCUGUACCGGUGUUCGGCUUGUGCGGAAGUUUGUCGCACCGAGCGGGAGUUUCGACAACAUAUUCGCAACCGCCACCUGGCUGCCGGAGCUGUACAAUGCGUGUUCUGCCGGAUGGUUUGUUCUUCCGAGCUCGAAAUGCACUUCCAUCUGGCUUCUCAUGCGCGAAAGUUUAAAUGUCCAGCCUGUCCGGAAUCGUUCCACGUGGAGUUCCUGCUCGACCGGCACAUCCAGACGCAGCACAGUCAGAAGGAGACGGCUUCGGAAACGAACCGACGGGACGCGAAUGGACAACCUUCCUCAUCGGCGGCAAACGUCAUCCCUUCGCCUACGAGCGUCACCGUUACUUCGACGGGCUCCACCGCUCCAUCAGCUUCCGGUGCGUCCUCGAGUCUCGAGUACCUACAACUCCAGGGGCAGAUGGCGGCAAUGGCUGCGGCGGCGGCGGCUGCCUCGUCAGGCUGGCCCAGUCUCUACCAGACGGCGAACAAAUUCUACGCCAAUCCCCUGCAGGUGGAUACGUUGAGCCAGCUUAAGCAUCCACAGCAUUUGCUGCACGGUUUCUACGAUUCGAUGCUGGGCAAAACCCAACCGCCACAGCAGCAGCAUCGUGGUAGUUUUAUUCCCGAACCUAACCCGCCAACCGGUUCGGGCGUUGGAAGCAACAAGAAGAACCCUUUCCUAGGCCUUUCGCCAAACUCCGGCUCUGUGAAGGUUGCCAACACGCUGCUCGGUCUGGGUUACGGUGCCUCGCCUGGGGUAGGACAUUCGCAGCGUCCGUCCGGAACUGGUCCCGUCAACGGCUCGGGCGUUUACUCGCCCGACUCUGGGGCUCAAUCCAAUCCAUCGACCAACCAAAACGUUCCGGCCAAUCCCAAACUCUACUCACCGAUCUCGAUGAUUCAACGUUACGGCGAAAAUGGACCUCUGUCGGCAAGCGUCGCCGGUGGAGAGCGAGUUACUUCACCUACCAACGCCACCGGACCGUUACAUCAUUCCUCCCUGUCGGAUCAACAACCGGAGCUGGUGGGAAGAAAGCCAGCGAACACUACUUCCACCGGUGGAAAGGGUUCCGAACGAUCAUCCACCAUUCCGGGCAGUGGCACUUCCAGCUCAAGCUCCGGCCCUUCCGCUGCAGGUGCGAGCAUCUCCGGCUACAGCUGUGGCAUUUGCGAACGGACCGACUUUAGCACGGAAAGUGAAGUGCAAACGCAUCGCAAGAUCGUGCACAACCUGAAGACGGGUGUUAGCUUGCGGUGUGCGUACUGUAACGGGGACUUCCGGUCAAGAAACGAACUAGAAAACCACAUGAAGAUCGCCCACAACACUGGCGGAGGGAAGCACAAGUGUUUGAUCUGUGACGAGAUCUUCCCUUCGCCGGCCGUUCUGGCCGAGCACAAGCUUUCCCACUGUAAGGUCGGAGCUUCAGGCCGCUGUUCCCAUUGCAGUUUGCCCCUUCCGGACGUCCACACCUUCAAGCAGCAUCUUCCGGCCCAUCAGGCGCCUCCAUCGUCCUCCAGCGGGACGACUUCAGCUGGAUCGGGUGCAGUGGCUUCGGCCACCGGAGCUUCCGGUUCAGCAAGUACCACAACGUCGAACGUCGUUGGAAGUUCUGGUGGUGGUGCGGUUUCCACCACGACGAAUGCUACCAACGGUUCCAGUAGUUCCGGUGCUGGUGGACAAUCGGAGCAGGAUCGUUUCCCGCAGCAGUGCAUUUGCUGCCGGCAGACGCUGAACUCGGAGUUCGAAAUCAGCCUUCAUGCUAAAUUCCACACCAAAUCACCCGACACCAAUGAGCGGACGUGUGCCCUCUGCCUCGAGCCGCUGCCAUCCCAGCCGGAGUCGUCCACUAAGAUCUGCGAUCCGUGCCUGAAACGGCACAACUUUCCCUCGAAGCUGCUGUCGAUGAACUUUCUCAAACCUCCCCAUCAAUCGGGCGCCACGUCCACACCGGUGGCCCCCUCCGCCACGGGUGGUGGUCAUUCCGUCCAACUAGGGCCGGUUCCAUCCUCCACCGUCCAUGCGUUCGGUUCCAAUGGGCAGGCAGUGGCCGGUGGAGAAACGCGACAAAAGCACCACCACCAACACCACCACUCGUACGAACAACCCGGUGCGACCGAUGGCACCACCACCACCACCCCGAGCACCCCGAACAUCGUCCAGUGUAACCUCUGCAAGAAGGGCCUCCCGUCGGCACACAAACUGCAGGAACAUCUGAUCGACCAUACGUUCGCCGGGUGUGAGGAACGCGGGUACGUGUGUUACCUCUGUUCGGCCGUCUUCACGUCAUCCGCCGGCCUGCAGGCGCACCUUCCACUCGCACACUCGAACGCCACCGCCAAACCGUACGACUGCGAGCGGUGUGGCGUUGCGUACUUUUUCCGUGCCGAGCUGGAGCACCAUCUGAUCGAGCACGAGCUGGGCCAUGCCUCCGAGGACCGCUGGCGACCUGUGUCCCCGGCAGUGCACACACGGGAACACAUUAAGCAGGAGCAGGGCGACCAAGGAGAUGACCAGGAGCGAAGCCUACCCUCUGGCACGCCGCCACCGACGGUGGCGAAGGAAGAGCACCACUCGGAAAGGGAAGAUUCCCCGCGGGAACUCGAGGAAAAGCACGAGAUCCAGGAGGACGAGCGUGCUGAAGAUGCCUCAAACAAGUCCGAUACGGAAAUGGUGCAAGAAAGGACCGAUGGAGACGAUUUGGGACAGCCCGAUGAACGUUCGCAACGGGCGGAAGAAUCCGAGGAAGGCGAAGAGAACGACGAUGAGCUGGUGGAGGAGGAGGAUGACGAAGUGGACGAUGAAGAAGAGUACAUUGAGGUGGAGCACACGACGGUGGACGAGCGGGGUAAGACUUCACCGAAGCUGCUGGUGAACGGCGAGAAGGAGUGCCACGGGAUGGUUGCCCCAGCAUCCUCGGGCCUUCCGGUUGUGACUGCGGCCGAGUAA